AUGGCAAACAUCGAGAAACUCCAGUUCUCGGCUCUGAAAAUAACUGGCGAAAAUUACAUCGAAUGGAUCACAAAUGAGAAACCUUACCUUGUAAUGAAAAAGAUAACCGAAACAAUAAGAAUCGGUAACAAAUCACCGCCCGAGCAUAUAGCCGAAGCGAUAAUCUUCCUGAAGAAGCAUUUAGAUGAGAAUCUAACGCACGACUAUGCAAGCGUAGAAGACUCAGCUGAACUGUGGCAAGCUUUAAAAGAAAGGUUCGAUAACCAGAGAGAAGUCAACCUCCCUCACGCUCUAGAAGAGUGGAAAAAUCUGAGGUUCCAAGAUUUUCAAAAGGUUGAGGAUUACAAUUCCGCUGUCCUGGGGAUAGUUUCACUCCUAAAGUAUUAUGGUAACCCUGUCUCUGAGCUUCACUUCUUGCCCGAAAUUUACGGAAAAUGCGGGUACACGAGAGUUUCUGAAUUGAUAGUUGCGCUCAUGUUGGCUGAAAAGAACAAUGAGCUCCUGAUCAAAAACCACAAUUCCCGACCUACGGGAGCCAAAGCAUUUCCUGAAGUGAAUGCUACGGCGAUAGAAAAUUCGGAAAGGAAAAACCAGACCAACCGAGGUCAUGGUCGCCGUUUCAACAACAAACGUGGAAAAACUUACAAUCCCAAAUGGAAGGGAUCUAACAAGUGGGUUAGAUCCGGACAAGUUUCUAAGGGUAAAGAAACUCAAGAGAAUACCACCCAGAAGCGUGAGACAGUGUGUUACAGAUGUGGCUGUAAAGGACAUCGGUCUCGUACCUGUCAUACUCCUCCACAUCUCUGUAAGUUAUAUCAAGAGUCCACGAAAGGAAAAUCUAAAGAACUGAACCUCACUGAAAACUUUAAAGGGACAUCGUACCUCGAUGCCUCUGACUUCGCAAAUGAGCUGGACUAA